AUUGGUCAGCUACAUGUUUUCCGUUUUAAACUUGUGCUUUAACCGGAAGCUGUAGAAAUAAUAAUAAAAAAAGCCGACAACACGCUUUAAACCUAUCAGCUCAGCUAUCGUCAGUCAAAACAGUCUCCACUGUGAUUGACAGCACAGAAAUCAAAUUCUGCAAAGUGGUAGCGUUAGUUGACUGAGGCUGCUGUAUUUCACCAUGAAAGGAACUGCUAAAAGCAAGGUGGUGACGUCAGGGAGGCUGACAGGAGGAGUCAAAGGGCAGCUGGCCAGGAGACGAGUGACUCCAAAACCAGGACCAGCAGCCUGCCCUGAGCCAGCCUACUCUCUGUACUCCACAGACUCUGAAGACCAGGUUACUUCUCUCCACAAGGGUCUAGACCGGUGUGCUGCCUUGCUCAGUGGAAUCCUUCAGGCUGAGAAGACUGCCUUGCCAGGCCUUCCCGAAGCAGUGAAGGAUGGAGAAGCUAAAUCAAGACCAUCUACCUCACGAUUAAAGAAACCCAUCAAGAAUACAGACCAGAUGAGCUGUCAGUCAGGCAGCACAACUCCAAGAACAACUCAUCAGUCCGCUGUCCCAGCUGCACACUCACGAGUGAAGCUCCGUCCACCUCAGAAACACCCUCCCGCCCUGCCGCAGUCUCACAUCCCUUCUUCACCCAGCCAAACACCGCAGCAUCUCCCUGCCACCAACCCUUCACCCAAGCCCCAGACCUCCAUCUCUUCACCCCAGCCCUCAAUCCCUCCGCCUCAGCCCAACCCUCACUCAGGCCAGCCGCCUCUCCCUCAGAAUGACUGCCAGCCUGCUUCUGAAGCUCCACACACACACUGUGAGGCCGAGUGCGAUCGAGAAGAGGAGAUUGUUCCUGCGAGAGACCUCAAUACCCAAAGCACUGUGGCAGACCCACACGCAGCUGUCAGACCCACACGCUCGCACAUAAACACCUGUACCUUGAAGAUGUCAAACAUGCAGCUAGAGCUUGGAGAAGUUGAUAAAGUCCCUCAGGACCCACACAGCGGGGAGGACUGCAGUGCAGAGAAAGAAGUGAAAUUGAAGACAGUACAGUAUCUGCUUGCAGAACUCAAGGCUCUGAUCUCUGGACAAGGCAGUGUAGCAGAGAGGCUGCUCAGUCAUCUGGAGCAGACGGUGUCUUCACCACUGAUGAUUGCUGAUGGAUCAAACAUCCCGACCACACCAGACCUAUCAUCACUACACAGCCAGAACACUCAGCUCCGCAGACGUGUGAGGAUUCUUAACCAGCAGUUAAAGGAGAAGGAGAAAGCCGAGAGACAACAGAAUAUGGAUACACUCUGUAACUCAGAAGUGUUGACUUUGCAGGAGGAUCUCACGACCGCUCAGUCCCGACUGCAGGAACUCCAGGAUGACCUCACAGAACUACGGAAAGCCCUUCAGGACACACAGAGACAGCUGGCAGACAGAGAAGCAGGUAAUGCGGUCAUCAAAACAGACUUAGAGGCCACUAGAAGCAGGUUGCUGGACAGUGAGCGAGAGAAGAGGGAGUUGGAUUCACUUGCCCAGCAAAGACUGGAAGAGAUAGGAAACCUUAAAAGGAUUCUUCAGAAUCAGGAUUCGUUAAAUUGUCCUACAUCUGUUGCCAGCUCAGUCUUAGACACUGUGCCAACAAAACAACAUUUUAACCUGCACCAGCACCAGCACAGACGGGAUCCAGCAGAGCCCCCCACUGACCGCAUCACCCAGUUCCUGAUGUCUCUGGGUCAGCCGGAGCAAACGCACACCGAGCAUGUGCGUGUGGCCGCAGAGAGAGAAGGAAACACACUAGAGCAGAAGAAACCGAGCUCAGUCCAGCCGAGAGACACAUCAUCACACCCCGAUGUCAGAUCUCAGCACGGUGACAAACCCGAAAACUCUCAUCUCGACCAGUCGCGUUGUUCAGAUGAAGGCCAGUCACGUUGGUGGCGGCUGGAGAAGAAGCGCAGACGCGUGUCGAACUCCACGCUGUCCCAGUGUGACGUGGAAUCCGUGUGGUCCGAUUGGAGCACGAGGUCAGGGACGACCUUUGACACCAGAGACGAGGCGGCGUUCAGAGACGGCCUGGCAGCUCUGGACGCCAGCAUAGCCAGUCUGCAGAAGACUAUUCAACUGGAUCUGGGGAAGUGAUUCACACUCAGCUUUGCUUUACAGCUUUUAAUUUAAAUUUAAAUAUAUUGUAAUUCAUACCCUCUUUUGUAUUCUGCAUUUUGCCAUUUUUUUAUGAUUUUAAGAAGUGAUAUUUCAGAUAGGAAAUAAAGCAUUU